AGUUACAUCCCUACAACACCUCCAGUAGUCUCUGAAGAUACGGACGAGAAAGGAAGCUCGCAAACUGCAAUUGAAGCUCCGAAAUUGGCUGCAAAGCGAAUUCAUGGACACCACCGCUACCAACGCCGAUGGUGAAGAGAUCGAAGUCAUAGUGCCGCACUGGCUGGGUGACAUUUUCAGACUUGACACGACUGACAAAAUGUUGGCGGCACUGAUGCUGAUGGUGGUGAGAACGAGAGAUCGAUCUGAAGGGACUGUGGGAGAGAAGCUUUAGGGUUCUGGGAAAUGGAACUGAGAUAGGGAGACUUCUGCAGAGCGUUUGGAUGGUGGGAGAAGGGAGCUUCCGGGUGGUGAGAGAAGUUGUGGUUAAAAAGGGGAGGGGAAGCUAGAAGGUGAGAGUGAGCCACAGAAGAAGGGGAGGGAAAGCUUAGCCGUAGAACUGCAGAACAGAAGGUGAGACUAUUAGAGUAAAUGAGUGAUGAGAAG